CAGGGGAUACUGACAAAGAAUAGGUAUAUGGUGUAGAAAGUAGUUGGUUCUAUUGUGGGCUUUAUAUUUAAUGAGUAUGUACCCAUGAGAUGUGACCAUUAGAAUAGAUGGUGUUAUGUGAAUAUCAUUCACAAUUCAGAAUGUUGUGGCGUAUGUAUAUAUAUAGCUAUAAUUUGAUGCAGGGGCACUGUCAAUCAAUGAUAUAGUUAAAGAAGAUGAGUUAACAUUUGAGUGUUGCAGGUUUUUUGGGGGGUUUAAAUGGAUAUUUAAGCAUGGUCUAUCAUUGGAGAUAAUGCUGACAAAGGCUAACCACUGGGUGUUGGAGAUUCUUUUUCAUAUGUUUGUACGAUUGCAAUGGUGAGGAAACAUAAUGGAAGAUUUGGGCGGCUCAGAGUUUAAUAGUAUUUUUUCCUUAAUAGUGAGGAUGUUGAAGCACCAUCAUAAAUGUUUGGCUUAGAAGAUUUUCUGGGCAAGAUUGCUGUGUAAGCCUCGUCUAUCAAUGGAGCUCAUGUUGAAUAAGAGGAAUUUGUACUAAGGUGUUGUAGUUUUUUUGGCACAAGAAUGGGUAAGAUGCACUUAAACCUGUAUCAUACUGUGUGGCCUUCAUGGGUUUCCAGCAAAAGGUAUAAAUUGAAAAACAAUGAGGAAUCAUCCUCAUGGAUGUUGGCUAGAUCACUUAGCUUGAAACGUGCAAAUGAAAGAGCCAAAUCCUAUCAGAGAAGUGGAGGGGAUGAUGAACAUGGAAGCCAGCAUAGAUUGUCAGAGAGCAUAGAUGCAUUGUUUGUUCUAUCACAACUCAAGGAAUAUGGUCCAGAUUGGUUUAGGUAUGAUGAUUCUUGCAAAGGGGAAAAGGAACUCUGGAGAGAUGAUGAUAGAAAGGAUUCUAAUGGAUCCAUUACAAGUGUAAGUAGUGACAACACAUCUGGGCUUGAAAUGAAGGGUAAUUACCUUGUUGAUAAUAAGGAUCUCAAGUCUGAUAGUGAGGAAAAGAGAGAGCAUUGCAGAGAGAAUGAUAAAAAGGAUUUUAAUGGACCAUGGACAGAGGAACCUGCAUCCAUGAAAAGUGAGGGUAAUAACACCAACCGUGGGCCUGAAAUGGAUGGUCAUACUCAUGACCUUGAAAAUGAGGGUGUCAAAUUUGAGGACAAGAAAAUUGUAUCUGCUGUUGAAGAGGAAACCAAGAUCUCCUCAAUGAAUGACAGGAAAACCAGGAGAGUUGCUGACAGCCUUUCUGCAUUCUUGCCCUCUGAGAUUUUCAGUAGAUCUGUGAAAGAAAGUGUAGCCUUAGUUAAGCAUUCAUUCAAUCCUUACAAGGACUUUAGGGACUCUAUGAUGGAGAUGAUUUUGGCUAGCAAUAUAGACAUCAGCAAUUCUGAUCUAGAGGAGAUGUUAUAUUGCUACUUCAGCUUGAAUCCUCCCGAGCACCAUGAUUUGAUCAAAAGGGCAUUUAUGGACAUAUGGCUUGAAUUGCAGGCAGUUUAGGUCCCUGUCUAGUACUUCGUAACUGCUGCUUCUGAAUACCAAAAAGAUACAAGGCUACAAAAAAUAUUUUUACAGUCAAUAUUUCUUUGUCUCUAUACAGAAAUACUAUUUUGUAAAUAAAUAAAGAUGAUAAGUGAGGCAAAAAUGUAUAUCAAUUUCAUCAUUGGUUUGCCCCAGACUGGGAUAUUUGCCCUAUUCAAUAAGUUGAGGAGUCAAUUUCUUGUCUUCUAUUA